CUCUCGAUCGCCGGUCGUCUCCGAUCAGUUCGCUGCCGUGUGUCUAACUUUUAGCAACGUCUACAGUGAGGAAGUGCGCGCAUUGUAAAAAUUUAAAAUAAGAAUCUACCGGUCGGCUUUUUUUCCCUCGAGAGGCUAUAAGUGAGGUGCAAUCACCGUCAUGGGGCUGAUCAAAUCAGCUGUCACCGCGGUUUGCCUCGUCGUGGCGCUGCUGGCUCCGACCAGCCACAGCCAGUCCACGGCCAAGGUUUUGUGCUACUACGAUGGAGCGAACUUCCUGAUCGAAGGUCUCGGCAAAGUAUCGCUAACUGACAUCGAAGCGGCCCUUCCUUUCUGUACCCACCUCGUGUACGGUUACGCCGCUCUGGAUCCCGACUCCAACAAAGCCGUCAGCCGAAAUGCCAACCUCGACCUCGACACCGGUAAGGGUAACUACCGCCAGGUGACCGGUCUGAAACGUAAAUUCCCCGGCCUCAAGGUCCUGCUGGGCAUCGGUGGCUAUCGCUUCUCGUCCGCUUCUCCCAAGUAUCUGGAACUGCUGGAAUCUGGAGCGGGUCGAAUUACCUUCAUCAACAGCGUUUACUCGAUUGUGAAGACAUACGAAUUUGAUGGAAUCGAUCUAGCAUGGCAAUUCCCACAGAACAAGCCCAAGAAGGUGCGCUCCACUCCGGGUAAGCUGUGGCACGGAUUCAAGAAAGUGUUCUCCGGUGACAGUGCUCUGGAUGAAAAGGCCGAUGAGCACCGUGAAGAAUUCACCGCCUUGCUGCGGGAAUUGAAGAAUGCCUUCCGCUCGGAUGGAUACCAACUGGGAGUCACCGUUCUGCCUCACGUAAAUGCUUCCAUGUUUAUGGACAUUCCUGCUAUCGUCAAUUACCUCGACUUUGUCAACAUUGCCGCAUACGACAUGCAAACUCCCGAACGAAAUAAGAAAGAGGCCGACUACUUUGCACCCAUUUAUGAGCUCUCUGAACGAGUUCCCGAGAGCAACGUGGAUGCACUUGUCAAGCUUUGGUUGAACAACCACGCUCCGGCUUCGAAGCUGAUCGUUUCUAUUCCAACACACGGUCGCGGAUGGAAGAUGGAUGGUGAUUCUGGUAUCACUGGAGUUCCUCCUCUGCCAGCCGAUGGUGCUGCCCCAGCUGGCCCUCAGCUGCAGCAGGAAGGAUUCUACUCGUGGGCGGAGACCUGUGCCAAGUUGCCGAACCCGAGCAAUACGGGCCUGAAGGGUGCCGACGGUCCUCUGCGUAAGGUGAACGAUCCAACCAAGCGGUUCGGUCCAUAUGCAUUCCGUGUGCCCGAUAGCAACGGAGAGCACGGAGUGUGGGUUUCGUACGAAGAUCCGGACAGCGCUGGCAAUAAGGCGGCAUACGUGAAGGCCAAGGGACUUGGUGGCAUUGCACUCAACGAUUUGGCAUUCGACGACUUCCGGGGCAGCUGUGCCGGAGAGAAGUAUCCGAUCUUGCGUGCGGCUAAGUACAGAUUGUAGAUGCGGAUGCAAGAAUACCAGUGAUUUUAAUUCGUUAGUGGCUUGUUGAUUGAAAAAUAAAUUAUGUUGAAACAUUAAAUACUAUAAUAUUAUA